AUGAAGCAGACGGCUUUCCGAGUUACUCGUCAAGCUCUCAACGGCAUCCAGAGCCGAGCCUACUCACAGUCAGCCGGCCCGCGCCAUCUGAUGUCCAUUGCGGACCUGACUCCCGCCGAGUUCGCUACCCUCGUCCGCAAUGCCGCGUCCAACAAGUCCGCCGUCAAGUCCGGUAACGUUCCCCCGGCGCUCGCCGCAGGCCUCACUGGCAAGACAGUUGCUAUGAUGUUCAGCAAGCGGAGCACUCGCACCCGUGUUUCAACUGAGGCUGCUGUGGCUCUGAUGGGUGGCCACCCCAUGUUUCUGGGCAAGGACGACAUCCAGCUUGGGGUUAACGAGUCUCUGUACGAUACCUCAAAAGUCAUCUCUUCUAUGACUUCCUGCAUGGUUGCUCGUGUUGGCCCUCACUCUGACGUCGCAGGUCUGGCCAAGGAAUCGAGCGUGCCCGUAAUCAACGCUCUGUCUGAUGACUACCACCCUUUGCAAAUCAUUGCCGACUUCUUGACCAUUCACGAAGUCUUUCCAGCCUCCACCUCAGACAAGGCUGACCUCGGCCUGAAGGGACUCAAGGUUGCCUGGAUUGGUGACUCAAACAACGUUCUGUUUGACCUGGCCAUUGGUUGUGUCAAGAUGGGUGUUGACAUCGCCGUGGCCUCUCCUACCGGCUAUGGCAUUCCCGACGCCAUGAAGGCUGUCAUUGCCUCUGCGGCUCAGGGCGUUACAUCCCCCGGCAAGCUUAGCGAGACCACCGUGCCUGAGGAUGCUAUCAAAAACGCCGACAUCUUGGUAACCGACACCUGGGUGUCCAUGGGCCAGGAGGCCGAAUCCCAGAAGCGCCUCAAGGCCUUUACUGGCUAUCAGAUUACCAACGAACUGGCCAAGCGCGGCGGUGCGAAGGAGAACUGGAAGUUCAUGCAUUGUUUGCCUCGUCAUCCCGAGGAGGUUGCCGACGAGGUCUUUUACAGCUCUCGCUCCCUGGUUUUCCCCGAGGCGGAAAACCGUCUAUGGGCUGCUGUCUCCGCCCUCGAGGGCUUCGUUGUUAACAAGGGCAAUAUCUAA